GAGAGUGAGGGGGAUGCUGCCCCUGGUGCAUGUGACCCCCAGCCCCCCCAAGAUAGCUACCCAGAGCCCUAUCAAGUGGCGUUACCUUCCAGUGAUGGGGAGAUGGAGGAUAGCUGUGAAGAGGACGCAGCUAGUGGGGGUUUGCUGAGAGCUAUUGUGCAGCAGGAGUCACCUACCCGCUUUGAGGAUUUUGCCUUUGGUGAAGAUCUUGGCAAGAAUGAUGUAGUGAAGAAAAGGAAGAAGCAGAAAGUUCAGGAAACGGUAUCUUUUGUUUUUCAUUCAUUCAAGCAGUCUGGGCCAGCUGUGAAGUUGGUUCAGGCUGCUGGGCCCCCCAAACUGCCAGACCCCGUUCCUGUCAUGGACCGGGGCCAGCAAGGGGGGUACAGCAUGGCGUCUGAAAAGGCUGUAGGCGCAAUAGAUGUGAAGCCCACCCAUCCUGCCGGUAGGGAGGGGCAGGAUGGGCUCAUGGUGGGAAGUGGCGAGGCAAGCUAUGCCGCCGCGUGCUCGGGGGGCGGUUCCCCGAGUGCUGUGGGCAUUACCGGCGCUGCGGGGCACUCCCCUGUGAGGGGGGGGAGUGUCCAGGCGCCGUUGGCAGAGAAUGGUGGGUCCAGGUGCUCGGGGGGCGGUCCUCCGAGUACUAUAUGUUCUGUGGGCGCUGCGGGGCACUCCUCUGUGAGGGAGGGGAGUGUCCGGGUGUCAGAGUCUGCUGCAGAGCCCGUGCGGACGGGCACAGCUGGCACGGUGGGGAUUCCCUGCGUGUCAGAGAGUGUGGGCGGAGCUGGGGUGCGCCCGGGGGGGCAGCUCCAGACUCCAGAAGGGACAUCGCCCAUGGAGGAGGAGCCCUUGGCGUCAACCCCAGCAACAGCUAAGACAGCAAAGAACAUUAUUAAACCAGCUAUACUACAAGUCCCAGCCAGCCCAGAAUCUGUUAGGCAGAGACCCCCCGGAUGGGAAAAGGUUAUUGGAAGCUGAAUUCGUCCCUCCUGGAGGAAGC